UGGGCUCGGAUGGCGACCAUUGGCACUUUGUUGUCCUAGUCCCCGUUUCACACUGGAUGAUAAAACAAAAGGGUGACAAAUAGCAUCAAAACAUAAGACGUUGUGUUUCGCCGUUAAGCUGUAGUUUGUAGACUGACACAGGAAGCUCGAUGUCGGUGGCAAAUGCGAAGUAUAGUGUCCUGAAACCGUUGAUUCCAUACACAGGAUCUAUACCUGGAGGCCUACACCCUGGAGAGAUCAUCAUCAUCCAGGGCACCGUGCAGCCAGAUGCUGACAGGUUUCAGAUUGACUUGUCCUGUGGCGGCAGCACCAAGCCACGCUCCGACGUGGCCCUGCACUAUAGUCCUUGCUUCAAGGACUCACCCUGCGUGCGAUGCAACUCCCUGUUGCAGGAGAGGUGGGGUCAAGAGGAAACGAUGCCGCGGCUGCCCUACAAGUGUGGCGCCCCGUUCGAGACCAUCAUCCUGGUGCACAAGGAUGCCUUCAAGGUCGCAGUAAACGGCGCUCACCUGUUGGAAUACAAGCACAGAGUCCCACUAAAGAGGAUAAACACACUUUCCAUGUCUGGGAAUGUCCAAGUGCAAGCUAUAGGCUACAUCCCAAACUCGGCAAUAUACUCGGAGUCUGGUGACCUGAGCGUCCCCUACAAAGGCAGCAUCCUAAAAGGUCUGAGCCCUGGGCAGCACAUCACCAUCAAAGGACAGAUCAGCAUGUAUCCUCACAGUUUUACAGUCAACCUGCGCAACAGCAGGACAGAGAACAUCGCGCUCCACCUGAAUCCUCGCAUGAAGUCCAGCACGUUCGUCAGGAACUCGUACCUGAAUGAAUCCUGGGGUCAGGAGGAGCGGGAGUUGGUCUUCUUUCCCUUUUCCUCCGGAGAUUACUUUGAGAUUCUCCUCCUCUGCCAGGCGCAUCAGUUCAAGUUGGCAGUGAACGGCUCGCACUUGUUUGAGUUCAGACAUCGGGUGCAGGACCUGAGCAGCAUCGACCAGCUGGAGAUCAUGGGAGACCUGGAGCUCAUGGAUGUCAAAUUGUGGUGAAUAAACUGAUGGUUUGGGCGUCCAAUUCUCAUAUUUUAAGCCUUUGUGCCGACUAAGGACCAGUGAGAAGAAGUGUUGCUUUAGAAUAUUGCAGCAUGAGCCUACAAUUUGCUCCAUCACAUUUAUUUCGCUCAGUCUCAAUGUUAAUCAAAUGUGUAAAGCGUCGAUGGAGCGUUUUGUAGCUUUGCUAACCAGCCAGGCACUACACUCCAAAACCACAAAGUGUGUUGAGAAACAGCGGGACCUGAAGUUAAAAAGUACCCAUCGGAGUUUGACCUACAUUUUUUCAGGCGAGUCUUUAGUGUGAGCUAAUGGAUGUAAAAAAUUAACAUUCAGAGUCAUAUUUCCAUGUAGUACAGUUUGGAUCAGUAUUUUUCAACAAAGCCUACAUGAAGGUUGUUGGCUGUAAGAACGUUGUUGACUUGACAUUUUCAUACUUUUGGGGAGAGAAGGAAUACUUUUCCAGUCACUAGUAUUUCUGCAAAAGUGCAUUGAUAAAUCUAAAGGAGUCCUGUUUUUUAUUUUCUGAAAAUAUGUAAAUAUUUUUUGUCUUGCAUCUACUUAAAUAAAACUGUGCAGGGUCAUGA